CCUCGCCUUGUCCAGUCGCUCGCAACACACAGGCGACGCCCAUGUCGCCCUGAAGGCCUCCCUCUGCCACUUCCACGACGGCUCCCCACAUUCGUUCGAGCUCCCAGACAAUGAAGCUCAAGCUCACGGCAAAACCGCCGGCCGCCCCGGAUGGCGCGCCUAUACGUUCACCUGCGAACGAAGCUCCCACGCCCGGCGGGUCAGCGCCGAAGAUCAAGUUCAAGCUAGCUCCCUCCACUGUAGCGCCUGGCGACACAGCCGAAGCUCCGAAGCCGAAGCGGAAGUACACGAGGAAACCCAAGUUCGACGAGAACGGGAACCCAAUAUUGCCCGCUGUGAAGGCGGUGAACCUGAAGAAGAGGCCUCGAGAGGAGAAUGGCGAGGAUGCCAACCGCAGCACCAAGCGCAAGAUAAAACCGACUUUCAAAACUCUCGAGAGGGUGACCUCGGACGAUGAGAUGGACGAGGAAUUGCAACCCGCCCCGCCGCCUCGCCCUCCUGUCCGCCAGGGUUCCACGCUUAAGAUCAGGAUGAAGCCUGCGGCAGGCUCAACGCAGCCGAAGGGUGUGAGCAUCGUCAAGAUCAAAGGUGUCCUAGGCAAACCUCCAGUCAGACCGCCAGGUGUGGGAUACGACAGUGAGGCCGAAGAUGCGGAGGUGGAUCCGGCUAUCGAGUCGCAAUUCAUCCUUCGCAUGCAGCCCGGACCAGACUGCGACCUCGUGAGAAAAGCGAUCGAUGAGAAGAAGAUUGGCAAGCCUCAAGCAGAGGGUGGAACGAAUGUCAUCUUCAGGUUCUUCGACCGCGAGGGCCGUCGGGCCAUGGUCAACGUUCAGGGUCGCCUGUAUGCGGCUACCAUGGUGGACCUACCGUGCGUCAUUGAGUCCAUGAAGAGCUGGAACAAGAGGGACUGGGUCAAGACUGCAGACGUGUGCCAGAUGCUACUGGUCUUGGGCCCUGUACAGAGCGAAGAGGAAGCUAAGAGAUUCCCUCUUCCGAAAGAGGUUGAUCCACAUAAAUACCAGUAUCCGCAUGGAUUGACGCCUCCAAUGCAUUGGGUGCGCAAACGUCGCUUCCGUCCGCGCCAGUCAUACCACGAGAUCGAGCAGAGAGAAGCACAAGUUCAAGCCUUGCUGGAGGCUGAUGAGCUCGCAGAGCAAAAUGGCGGCAAGGCAACGUGGGAGGUCAUAGAUGAGAGAGCAGAGACCACGGAAGAGGAAACGUCAGAGGAAGACGCCGAGGGUGAAGAAGACAUCGCCGAAACCACAGAAUACGUGCUUCAGAAUGAGGCUGGUGAGGAGGUUGAGGUUGACAACGAUGAGCUCGAGGCAGCACUUGCAGCCGGUUUGAUGGAGGACGAGGAAGACGUCGAUGGUCUAUUUGGCGAGGGUGGAGCCGAGGUGGAGGUGGAGACACCGAUCACAGCGCACGAUGUCGCCGCCCAUGCGCUUGGGGAGAACGGAGUCUCCGCUCCAGAAUCCGCUGCCUCCACCCCCAAUGCGCCCACUUCUCCGGACGACGACGAAUCCGAGGACGAUGACGCUGAAAGUCCUGGCGACCAGGAGGUGGAUGCAGAAGCGGCUGCAGCUCAAGAGAGCCUUGAACAAGGCAUGGCGGAGGUUCGCGAGCUGGAGCAGGAGAUCGCAAAGGCUCAGGAGCAACUUGAGCUAACCGGUAACAUUCUCUACAAGCAGCGAUGCAAGAAGAAGAUCGAGCAGCUCCAAACAGACCUCAGUCUCAAGAAGGCGGCCCUUGGGCUUGGUGAUGAUGGCGAUUAAUGGCGGGGAC